AUACACUGUUAGACGUAAAGUUGAACACGAAGAUACCCCCCGGGCUAUCAGACACGCGACAACAGCGGUCUGUCUGUCUGUCUAGCUGGCAAUGGCUUCACCAGCGACAGCAGUAACCAUCACGGCCGACACAGGUCUUCCGGCUCUUAAUUCUGUUGCAGAAAAGGACCUCUCUGCAAGAUGCAAGCCACGGACGUUUGCAUACUGUCCGAACAUGGAUCUGGUUGCCAUCGUGACGGAAGAUGAGCAAUUAAAUGCCUACAGGCUGAACGGACAGCGAGUGUUUGGCGGCGCGUAUGGGCUGGGAGAAGACGACGGCAAGGGAGGACUGGUGAGAGCAGUCGGAUUGAAAUGGAAGGAAAAUGGACGAGUACUGGCUGUCGCAUGUUCAGAUAACAGGAUACGCCUGUUGAGCUCCUACAGCGGGAAGAUGGUGCACAGUCUGACGGCACAGUCAGCUCCUAUACCGUUUUCAUUGCCCCAGAAGCCUGCUGGGACUGUGUCCUGCAUCGGAUGGGGGGUCAGCUUCGCGGAGACGGCGGGCCUUUUGAAGAACCUGAAGGAUCCAGAGGGAAAGCUAUCUCUAGAUGACCUGCUGAUGUCCGAUACCAAGCUGUCCACCCAUUUAGGAUUCCUCAAAGCGGAUUUACCGCGCGAGUUAUCGCUAUUAGACAUCGAAGGGUCGCUGCCAAAGCUGAGUACCCUUCCAUCUACGGGCGACGACGAUGAUGUCUUCAGCAGCAGAGUGUCUCUUGAUUCUAUUUUCCACUCUCCUGUAAAGAACCCAGGAGACUCAGUGGACGUGCUGCUCGCCGGGAUGGACGAUGGCUCGAUCCAUAUGAGAAUUUUUGAGAGCUUCGAGAUCGGUUCUAUAGACGUCUCUAACUCCUUGGAAGGUUCUAAAGGCGGUACUAGCACUAAUAGCAAAAGAGGCUACAGGGCUCUACUGCAUGCCUCCCACCCGAUGAGCACAACUCACGCGCUCCUGUUCCAGAAUGAGGCUGAGAUAAAACUCCUAAAUCUAGAUCUAAGAUUCAUCACCAAGGCAGGCAGAUAUCUUCCCUUGCUCGCGUCGAAAGUCACACAGCUGCAGAAUCUACUUCGGUACAUAAAGCAGGUUCAGGCGCAGAUGCUCCUGGAGUGGAAGAAUGCGCGAGAGCUGCCUAUCCGGUACCUGCGGAAUAUCAAUGAGGAGUUAAAGGAGCAAUGCCACUGUGACUUUGUUACGGCUACAUAUCAUCUGAUAGUCACUGGCGACUGCUUUGCCCCGUUGAAGGAGUUCCUCUGCACCACCAUUGGAGAUAGAGGACAUAAAAGGUGGGAGAAGGUGGUGACAGGCGGCUACGAGGCUCUCCGGCGACUUACUUAUGAAUGCCUGAUGCCGGCCCUCGAGCGCUUCGGCGUGCUGCUGAGCCGCCUGAUGGGGCUGUCAAAGUAUCACCGUCUCAGCCCCAUCCUGGGACUCGAGACGACUUACCUCAAGGAGUGUGUUGCGACUCUGGACUGCUUGAGCCUGCUGGCGCACAAGGUCGUGCUUCACAGCAGCGUGGAACUGAAGGAGUUUCAUGCAUUCUCAGGCUGGAUGCAACAUGAGAUCAAGCUGCAGGCCACGGAUCCGACCUCGUCGACAAUGGAUGAGCUGAUGGGGGCAGCAGACGAGAUCGACUACGGGACAACGCUGGGCUACGUCAAGGGAGCACUGACAAACAGUGCGCUUCAAGGCUUCCUGCAGGUGCCAGCCGCUCCAGACGGCGGCAAACAGCGAUGGGACAUUGACGUGCAGGACGACGGCACGUUCUACGGCGAGUACAAGAAGGUGGUAUCGCAGCAUGAGUCGCGGCAGACGGUCGAAGGGCUGUCGAUACCGAUGCUGGGUGACCUGACGGCCCGGCUUUCGGCGCAGUGUGAUCGAGUGUUCAAGCAGGUCGCAGAGACGCAGAGAAGGGGGACGCUGUUUCGGUCCACCCUCAAGCUGAGCGAAGACUGCGACGAUGCCGUCCUGGACAUGGCUAUGAACUUUGAGGAAUAUGAAGGCGAACGGCUUCCAUCUAUCUAUAUCGCCUCUAAAUCACGCACCAUCCCACAUCGAUUCUACCUCUACCAGAACAUCCUUACCAUCGUCAACGGGGUGAGCUCGUCCAAGGCAAGCCUCCUGGCAACCGUCGAGCUUGGCUCAGGCAGCAUCCAAGACCUCAAGUUUGUAGAGGACGGCACGCUGAUGCUUCUCUGGAGGUCCGGAUCCUCACACCUCGUCAGCAUCCCCUACCUCCCCAGCAAGCAUGAUAAGCUAGAGAUAGACUUUACCACCGACAAAGGCCCGGCGACGAGUCUCGAUCCCGUCCUGGACCGCCUGGUUUGCCACAGCUUCCCCCAGCCCGCCGAGCGAGAGCCAGCCCAUCUCGAGGUCAACGGACGACGAGGACGGCGGGUCGUGUGUGUGCUGUACGCUGACGGCCGGCGGUACUCUGUCCUCGACCUAGACAGCACCCUUGACUAG